UUAUUGUUAAUUAUUUUUAUUAAAAAGUCAAUGUGUUGAAUUAAAAAAAUGGAUGCAGAAAAGAAAGAUUCUGAAGUGACCGUGGAUGAUAUUUUACAAAUAUUGGGACCUUUUGGAAGAUUCAACGUUUACAAUUAUAUGUUGAUUUUAUUCCCCGUCUUUCUUGCCGGAGUGUACUCUUCGGUUUUUAAUUUCGAAGCUAUGGAUUUAAAGUACAGAUGUGCUAUACCAGAAUGUGAUGACACAACAGCUGUAUCAAAUUACACAAUACCCCACCAUGAGGACGGAACAUACGCGAAAUGCGUUCGGUACGCGCCUUUCUCAAAUGUCAGUAACUUCGUCAACAACAGCAUAGGACGAUGUUCGCCACACUACUUUGAUACUUCGACUGAAAUCGAAUGCGAGUCCUAUGUGUACUUAGAGGAGCACUCCAUUGUUAAAGAGUUCGACCUCGCCUGCCAGGAUUGGAAGCGGUCACUGGUCGGUACCGUUCACAAUGCAGGUUUCUUCCUCUCAAUUCCACUGACUGGUCUAAUAUCUGACAAGUACGGUCGUCGACUUGCGUUGGUCUUCGCUUGUGUAACCAGUGGCAUCUUUGGUGUUAUCCGAGCGUUCUCAUUGAAUUACAACAUGUUUAUUGUACUCGAAUUCUUGGAGCCGGCGUUCGGAGGUGGCAUUUAUACAGCGUGUUUUGUUUUGGCAUUGGAGCUAGUCGGACCUAAAGGUCGAGUGUUCAUCAGUUUACUUUUCAACACGAUGUUUAUCCUCGGUGGAGUGACCGUCACCUUGCUAUUCUGGUGGCUGCAGAACUGGCGACACCUCCUUCUCAUCAUCUACACACCUGCUAUCUUCGUCUUCGUAUACAUGUGGAUGUUAACAGAAAGCUUCCGAUGGUUCUUCAGCAAAGGUCGUUACGAAGAAGGUUUAAAUACAUUGAUUAGAUCGGAAAAAAUGAACAAUGUAACUGUCCCAAAAGAGCAUUACAACCAAGUGGAAAAACACGCAAUGCAGCAAAGAGAAGCAAAGAAAUUCGAAAACAGAGAAAAUAAUCAAUCAUCUUUCAGUCAAAUUUUAUCAUCGGCGAUGAUUUGGAAGAGAGUUUUUAUUUGUUCUUUUCUCUGGACAUCUUCUACUCUAGUAUACUAUGGUCUUUCCAUCAAUGCUAUAGAGUUAUCUGGGAAUAGUUACUUGAACUACAUCGUUGUUAUCAUCAUAGAAGCGCCGGCGAACGUCUGUAAAUUAAUAUUCUUGGAUAGAUUUGGAAGAAAACGAGUCAUUGCAAUUGCUUACAUUUUAACUGGUUUGAUUUUAAUUAACUACGGAUUCCUUCCAGAUGGCAAUUGGUCUACUGUAUUUUACUUGGGUGGAAAGUUCUUCAUAACACUCGCCUACAAUUCACUAUAUGUGUUCGCUGCUGAAGUGUUCCCAACUGACUACAGGACCACAUUACUAGCUGUGUGUUCUACUAUCGGAAAAAUUGGUUCCACUAUCGCACCACAAACACCGCUUUUGGCGAAGUUUUACGUUUACUUACCAACAAUACUGUUUGGUUGUAUGGCAACAUUAUCAGGUUUCCUUGUAUUGACUUUACCGGAGACGAAUAAUCAAAAAUUACCAGACUCGUUAAAAGAAGCGAAAGAACAAGACAGAAGAGGAACUAAGAAUAAAGAAGAAAGGUCAGAAACAAAGACUAAACUUUAAGAAGUAAUAAAUUGUAUGAAAAAUAGUGUUUAGAAGAAUUAGACGGUUUUUAAAAGUAUAAUCUAGGCUGUGAAAUGUUGUGAUGUUUUU